AUGGAAAGCCAACACCAAAAUGCAUUGCAUACCAUCAGGCGCCAUCGCCAGCAGCUAACAGCCGCACCAACAGGAGCAACAACAACUCACUAUUUGCCUGCCUUGUUAAUUGCUGUGCUGGUCCUCUUGCAGCACAUGGAGCUCCACAUGUGCCGUCAAGUGACGCCCUCGAGUACGAGGCGUCUAAUGCCCAGAGCGGAAGCGGACCGAGCGGCCACACCACCUCAUGAAUUUGUGGGCAGCGCUGCGGCAGAGCUUGACGACAGCUCCGAUAAACGUGCCACCGUCUCUGGCCUUGGCAGUCAGCCCGAACAGAUUUUCAAUGCGCCCAGCGCUGGCGAUAUGGAUAUGAGCUACGAUGAGUAUCCGAUGAUUGUACCAAAACGCGCUGCUCUACUGCUGGACCGACUUAUGGUUGCCCUUCACCAUGCCUUGGAGAAUGAACGGGGCGCUCACAGAAUUAGCGACUACUAUACCAAUAAAAACAUACAUAAUGCAAUAUCAAAUGAAUACAACAAUGGCUUGGAAAAUCACACCAACACCAACUUUCAUCAAUAUAGUGACGAUGAUCCCAGCAUCUUGUUGGAUUAUGAUUUUAAAGAUUUAAGUCAAAUAAAUCGCGCCACCGGCGAAACAUUAAUGCCAAAGAGCUUUCAGAGAAGAGCGAAUAUGGGCAUCGGAGGCGGCGGAGCCGGUGGUGUUGGUGCCACAGAUGGUGUUGCAUUAUUAACGAAUUCGGCGUCGCUCCAAGCUGGCGCUGGCUCUGGAGGCGGUGGUGGUGGUGGUGGUGUUGGCAGUGGAAGCACCGCCGGUGGCAGGCGCCUAAAUGUUGGCUCCGGUGGUCGCAUGUAUUGGCGCUGUUAUUUCAAUGCUGUGAGCUGCUUCUGA